UGUUUUGACCGGAGGAGGGGUGAUUAUGGGGCCUGGCCGCAUCUCGCAGUCGUUCCUUGCGCGCUGCCGGCUCCUGGUGGCGGCUCUCGGCGCGGCCCGCUGCCAUGGCGGGCUGCUGUCCGCCCGCCCGCUCAGCGCCGCCUCUGGCCUGCGGGCUCCCCAGCGGCCGCCGGGCAGGAGUGAACCACCACGGGCGGGCGGCGGAGGGCGGUGGAACGGAGCGGCGAGCGCCGGCGGGGAUGAAGAAGAAGAAGAAGAAGAAGAGGAGGAGGAGGAGGAGGAGGAGGAGGAGGAGGCGGCGGAGCUGGAGGAGCUGCUGGGCCCCUCUCCUCUGGCCGUGGAGCCCGGCGUGCAGCGCGUGGUCGUGGUGCACCCGGCGGUCAAGUGGGGCCCAAAGAAAUCGCCGCUCACCACUGCUGAAUUACAGGUUGCUGAAGCCGUUGCUCUUGUAGAUACCCUUCAGAACUGGACAGUUUUAGAUAAAAUAGUUAUUCCUACAAAAAAUCCUGACAAGAAAUUAAUUUUUGGCAAAGGAAACUUCCAGGUUUUAACAGAAAAGAUUAAAAAAUUGCCCCAAGUGACAGCUGUCUUCUUGAAUGUGGAAAGAAUAUCUUCACUAACAAAGAAAGAACUAGAAGAUGCCUGGGGUGUGAAAGUCUUUGACAGAUACACGGUUGUACUUCACAUUUUUCGUUGUAAUGCCCGGACCAAAGAAGCAAAACUUCAGAUAGCACUGGCUGAAAUUCCACUUCUCAGGUCAAAUCUGAAAAAUGAGGUGUCUCAGCUAGAUCAGCAGAGAGGUGGAUCAAGAUACAUCAUGGGCUCAGGUGAAACAUUUAUGGAGACACAAUAUCGUAUCUUGAAAGAAAAAGAACUUAAAAUUAGGAAUGCCCUGGAGAAACUAAGGAGGAAAAGGUCAUUACUUAGAACUCAACGCAAAAAACGCGAGUUUCCGAUUAUCUCAGUAAUGGGUUAUACUAAUUGUGGAAAAACUACUUUGAUCAAAGCCUUGACUGGGGAAGCAGGAAUUCAGCCCAGAGAUCAGCUGUUUGCCACUCUUGAUAUUACAGCCCAUGCUGGCUAUCUGCCCUCACAUAUGGCAGUUAUUUAUGUUGACACCAUUGGAUUUCUGACUGAUCUCCCACAUAAUCUGGUUGAGUCCUUUUCAGCUACCUUAGAAGAAGUGGUUUACUCAGAUCUUAUAGUUCAUGUGAGGGAUAUUACUCAUCCAGAAACCAUCCUCCAGAAAGCAACUGUGCUGUCAGUUCUGAAGAAUCUGAAUCUUCCCAGCCAUUUACUGGACUCAAUGGUGGAAGUUCAUAACAAAGUGGAUUUGAUAGAAAGGUAUAAACCCGCUGAAGAAAAUGUGUUAGCCAUUUCUGCUCUACAUGGACAAGGUUUAGAAGAGCUGAAAGAAGAAAUAGAGAAAAAAAUUUUGACAGCAACAGGGAAGAAGAUUCUGACAGUUAACGUCAACUUAGAGGGACCUCAGCUAAGUUGGCUCUAUAAGGAAGCAACAGUUCAGGAAGUAGAAGUGAUGCCUGAAGAUGGCACAGCCAGGGUGAAGGUGAUAAUCGGCAAUUCUGCUUUUGGCAAAUACAAAAACCUCUUUCCCAACAGUAAGAUUUAUAUGCCGUGAAACUGCAUCUGCUUUUCUGGGAAAAGAAACUGAUCUCAUUAAGAUGUGAAAUUAAAUCAAUGACUUGUUAGUCUGGGUGCUGAAGAGUGUAUUCCUUCUCCAGUUGAUGAUUUUCAUGUGUUUUAGAGGCGGACACUGUUUCAGAAAACUUCUAUUUGGACACAGUAAGAACUUUGAGCUUCAUUCUGUCAGCAAGUGUAAGGACAGCACCAAGUUUUUAAUGUUAAAACAGCUGUUGGUUGUAAGUUGUGGACCUUCAUACACAUGGAAAUCAUAGGAUGGCAUCUGAAUUAACCUUCAGAAAAGUACCAAGUUUCUUAUACAAAUAAAGCUUUUUAACCCUUUUUUUUUUUAAGAAUAAAAUAAUAUUUAUUAUAGUUAAGGUGUCUUGGAUGGUCAUUGGAAAAGGAAAGUUACUGAACAAAAUGUUGCUGGCUGUAUAUAAAUAAUACAGAUCAAGAUGUAUUCAAAUACAGUGUGUGAACCUAAGUAAAAUAACUGCCACAUCUUAUUUUUGAAAUGUCCUGAGUUCAGCUGUUCUGAGUUAUCGGCUGGGCUUAAACUGUGACAUGAAGCAAAAAUCCCCAUGGAUUUGUAUAUUUAAGCAAUAAAUUGAUAUAAAAUAAAUAAAGUUAUAAGUUAUAAA